AUGGCGCCAUCGCUUAUUACGGGAACAUCCUUGCCAAAUAUGGAAGUGGCCAUCCAUAGCAACCAGGACUCGUCCGGAACGGCCGUGCCUGAAGUAACCGAACAGCACCUCAACUUCUUAGUACAUGAACUACAACUACAGAUGAACACGCUACCAACCGAUCCCCUCGGGGUUAUAUGUAACAUCACCUGCUUCUUCGCACUGUCGGUGCAGCUGGUAUAUCUACACGAACAG